AUAAAGUCCUUCCCAGUCAAUCAUAUCGACACAGAAGUUAGUCUGAGCUCCGGCGAUGUGAAGUGGAGAUUUACUGGGUUUUACAGCAAUCCGGAGAGAAACCGUCGGUCUGAAUCUUGGAGUCUACUUAAACACCUAGCAUCCAGAAAUACUCUCCCCUGGGUGGUAAUGGGGGACUUCAACGAUGUGCUUCAUCCAGAUGAGAACAGGGGUGGAAAUCCACAACCUAGAAGAUUAUUGGAAGGUUUUUCUGAAGCAGUUGAGACUAGUGGCUUAAAGGAUUAUGCCUUCGAGGGUUAUCAAUUCACUUGGGAAAGAUCGAAGGGUACAUCGAAUUGGGUCAAGGCUAAGCUUGACAAAAUCCUGACCUCAAACGCCUGGUGUGAUCUUUACCCUGGAUGUGCGAGCUUCAUCGGUGGUUGUCUCCAGAAGUGACCACCUCCCACUGUUUAUGGAAAUCAUUCCUUCCACCAACCCAAGUCAUAGAAGUCGGUUUCGAUUUGAGAACUUAUGGCUCAGAGACACCACGAGCAGAGAAAUCAUGAUUCAAAGCUGGGUUCGGUCUAGAGGCUAUCACUUAAUUGAUAGAGUGGAGAGGUGUGGCAAGGCACUCUGGAGAUGGGGUAAGUCUUUUGCAAGGGAUUUUGAUAAAAGAUUGGCUUACUGGAGGAAACGAAUGGAGGUGACAAAAAACAGACAGGAUCCUCAAGGAAUUACCUUGUUUAGAGAAGCUCAGGGGCAAUACCUUCGUACUCUUCACCAUCAGAAUGAUUACUGGGGGCAACGAGCGAAGCAAUUCUGGCUUCGUGAAGGAGACACUAAUUCUGCUUAUUUCCACAGUUCGGUCAGAAGAAGGAGGCAGAAUAAUCAAAUAUCUAAAUUGCGCAACGAGGACGGGAACUGGGUGGAGAGAGCAGAAAUGUUCCCGGGGAAGUUAGGGAGGUGGUCUGUGAGGAAUUGGGUAUGAGAGAAGGCAGCUUGAGUAGCUAUCUUGGGUUGCCAUCGUUGAUUGGGAGGAACAAAAGAGAGAUAUUGGGCUUUAUCAGAGAAAAGGUGACAGGAUGAAUUAAAAGUUGGACUUCUAAAUUUCUCUCCAGGGCAGGUAAGGAGGUCCUACUUAAAAAUGUCAUCCAAGCUAUUCCAUCUUACGCUAUGAGCGUCUUUCUGUUACCGGUUGAAACGAGUAGAGAGAUUGAGAGAGUUAUGAAUGCAUACUGGUGGGGUUGUGAGGGAGAGAGGUGUAGGGGUAUAAGGUGGAAAAGAUGGGAGGAUUUGUGCAUUCCUAAACAGUGGGGGGCAUGGGUUUUCGCAGAAUUCAUGACUUUAAUAUCACCCUUUUAGGUAAACAAGCUUGGAGGUUGAUCCAAUACCCCGAUUCUCUUCUUGCUAAGAUCUAUAAAGCCCGUUAUUACCCAACCCAUUCUUUUUUUGAAGAAAAAAUAUGGGGGAACCCAUCGUUCAUAUGGCGUAUUAUUCUUGAAGCACAUGGUGUUGUUAAGGGUGGUGUGAGGUGGAAAGUGGGAAAUGGUGCGUCCAUUAAUGUUUGGAAAGACCCUUGGUUACCUAACAAUGUUUUACCUUUCAUUCAAACUCCCAUGGCAAAUUAUCUUAGGGAUGCAAAAGUGGAAAACCUCCUCAACAUGGAGAAAUCUGAUUAGGAUGUUGAGCUUCUGGAAGAUCUGUUUGCUGACGAAGAUGUGUCCUUGAUUAAGAGUAUUCCUAUUGCUGAUUUUCCUCAAAGGGUCAGGCUGAUAUGGAUGGAUGAGGACAAUGGAAACUAUUCAGUUAAGAGUUGCUAUAGGAAGCUGCAGGGCAGCGUUCAGAACACUUAAGCUCCAUUCUGGUCCACUGUAUGGAAGUUGAGGUUGCCACCCAAGAUCAAAGCUUUUAUUUGGCAAUUGUGUUCUAACUCCCUUCCAACGACUGACCAUUUGAUUGCUAGGCGAGUUCAAGUCUCCCCAAUAUGCCAACUUUGUGCUCAAGCUAAUGAAUCUGCAGUUCACCUCUUCAUCCAAUGCCCUAUUGCUAGACAGUGCUGGGACUUGUUGGGUGGCAUCGAUUAUUCAAUUGGGUAGGAUUUUCACGAAUGGCUGGAGCAUCACUUCAAGGUAUUGGCAUCUGAUCAUCUAUGUCUAUUACUCAGUGUUUGUUGGAAAAUUUGGGAUGCGAGGAAUGAUAAAAUCUGGAACCGGUUAGUUGUUCCUGCUUUCACCAUUGUCCGUGGAGCUCAGGUAUUCCUCCAUGAGUGGAUAUAUGUAAAUUCUGGAGAAGAAGUAGAUCUAAGUGAUCCGAAUCACAUAAACUGUUGGACCAAGCCACCAAGGGGUUGGAAGAAACUUAAUGUGGAUGACACUAGAUUUUACAAACAAAAAGAUGGGCUUCGGGCUUGUAUUGAGAGAUGCAGAUGGAGCAUUUGUUGCUGCUAGAGAGGUCCCUUGGUUCAGCCUAUUCAGACAUGAUGAGGCCGAGGCUAUUGGUGUCAAAGAGGCGUUGAAGUGGCUGAAAGAUCGCAAUGAGGAUUUUGUGGAAGUUGAGACAGAUGCAAAGAAGGUGGUUACUGGAAUUCAUAGCAACAAUAUGGUCACUUCUUUUGAUCUUUUAGUGAAUGAUGUCAGGAAACUAGCUACUGAAUUUGUUAAUCUUAACUUUUUGUUUGUAAAACGGUCUGCGAACAGGGUCGCUCAUUUCCUUGCUAGGGAGGCCUUGUCCAAGUCUGAUCGUAUGGACUGUGUUUCGGUCCCUUUUCCUUCGCUUGUUCAUGUUUUGGAGCUUGACUCUAUUUAAGUAAUAUAUGCAUUUUCAGUUCAAAAAAAAAAAA